AAUAAGCUUUUAGGUCUUUGACAACACAACAGCCAAACUCCAGACAAGAAUCUGCUUCCAGGAUAUAGACAACAGAGGAUCAUGAAAAUUCUCAUCUCUGUCCUGCUGGGAACCCUGUUGUUUGUGGAGUCAGCUCAGAGCCUGAAGUGUUAUUUGUGCGUUGGGGUGAAUGAUGUAAACUUCUGUAAGGCUAAGACCUGCAACAGUGGGGAAUCCUUCUGUGGCAAAACUGUGAUGACUCCAAAUUUUGGGAAUAAUGUGAAAUCAUAUGUCAUGGACUGUGCUGCUUCUUGUGAAGAAUUUAAAAAAUCACAUUCGAAUUCACUAGGAUUCUCUGUGGAGUCAACCUGUUGUACCACUGACCUGUGUAAUGGGGUGAGGGGGUUCAAGGGCAACCCCUGGGCCCUGGCAGGGGCACUCCUCUUCAGUCUGGGAAUUGCCCUUCUCUGGACGGGGCUGUGAGAACCCAGCUUCCUCACCAGUUGCUUCUUACUAGGCCUUCUUUCUGUCACCAAAUCCAUGAACCUUAGGCCUGAUUUGGGGUUAAGAGCUUUGGCAUUUUUCCUGAGCCCUGGCAUUCCUAAGGGGUUAGAUAUGAAGCCUCCCUAUCUCUUACCCAGUCACCCUUCCCUUCCUCAUUUUCUUUCUUGUAGGAUUCCUCUUUGGAUCCUAGCUAAUCAGUUCCUCCCUUGUUCUAAUGUAAAUCCCUAGCUAGGAUCUCCCUCCUCCCCACUUUGUGCUUCAGUAUUAGAGAUAUGAGGUUCCCUGGGGAGGGUUAAUUGAGGAGAAAGAGAAGGAUACAGAGUUCCAGGAAAUAAUGGAGAUAAAAGAGAGCCCUGGCAUCUGGGAAUUGGUCAGAAGAGAACAAAAAAGAAAAAAAAAUGAGAGUAUGAGGCCACUAAACUUUAAAGAAAAAAGAGUAGAAUUUUAUUUGAGCAACUUGGGGAGGGAAAUUUAGCCUGGCCUUGAGGUAGGAACCAGAGGGACCAGACUCCAAAGAGAAGAUUCUUUGGAUACUAGAGAAAGAAGAGCUUGGAGCUGGGAAAGGAAGCGACUCAGAGAGUUGGACAGAAACCCCUAGACUCAAGAUCUCUGAGACAAAACUUCUCUGAACUGGAUAUAGCCGAGCUCUGCCCCUGGUAUGUCUUAAUCUCCCUAGCAACUGUAUCACAACAUAUAAAUAAACUCAUGAAUAAAUAUAUAUAUCCUGAGGUUUUCCA